GUUGGGGUUGCUCCCUACCGCAGGGAGCGCGGUUGAAUCACCGAGCGCGCCUCCGUCGGAUCUCCUCUUCCUGCCGUCACACCCACUGCUCGGUGUUGUGGGUUCACCCCUUAGAGAAGGGGAGGACCGACAGCACACACACACACACACACACACACACACACACACACACGCUCACACGCAGCAUUAGAGAGUGCUGCAGUGCGAGCGCAGCGGGGGUACUCGGGAGCUGAGAGAAAAACACACACACACACACACAUAUACACACACACACACACAUCAGCAUCCUUAUCGUCGAAACUUGGUCUAUGGAGAGAUCUGCAGCGACACCGUAACAACGCAGGCCGACAUGGAAGAGUAUUUGCGGAGGGUCCAGAGCAGACUCGGGGCAGAUGCAUUAGAGGGUCCCAUACAUGCUGUUUUAGGCGGACCAGAGCCAGAUGUUGACACUGUGGCCGCAACACUGUGCUUAGCACUACACCUUAACCAGAAGGAAACCUCAGGUGGAGUGUGUGUGCCGGUGCUUUGCGGCCAGCGAUGUGACGAUGCGUUGCCAAGGGAGACGGUGAGGUAUCUGCAGCGCGUAAAAGUUUGUGAGCGCUCGCUGCUUUGGAGGGAGGAUGUAGACCUCGUGAAGCUUCAGCGCACCGGAAAACUCUCGCUCACGGUGCUGAGAGAUGGACUGCUGGAUAGCUCUGAGUACCGCACUUUGGAGUCCUGCAUCCUGCGAGUGGUCCAUCACGACGGGCAGCAGGACGCAGGGGAUGAUGGGGCAUCGUCCGCGUUGACAACAGUCGCCAGGGAGAUUCUUCAAGAAGCAGCAGAGCACAUCGGAGCAGCACUGGGGGAGACUCUCGGAGAGGCCUUGCGGUUGCAAAGCGAAGCUUUGUGGAGCAAACAUGGCUGUCGGUCAGCACAACUGGAGGAGCUCAUGAGAUCCUUGGAGCAAUGGAGUGACGUCACUGUGAGUCAACAUGAUGAGGCCAAGUUACAAGACUUGGAGCAGCUGCUGACUAUGGAGCUGAAGGAGUUUUCUGAUGGAGAGAUGACCAUAGCGCUCGCUUCAGUAAACACAGAUAAGGAGGACUGGCAUAGUUAUGUGGAUGGGCUGAAAUUGUUCAGUGAUCACCAUGGCUAUGAUGGUGUGGUGGUACUCUUGUCCAUUAAUGAUACACUUCAUCAUCCCCGCCACCAGGUGGCUGUAUACUCAAACAACACAGAUAUGCUAAACCAGAUCUGCUGUGAGUUAGAAGAGUCUUCCACCUGGUCUCUUUCUGGUGAACUGGAGGCCAGGGAGAAUCUCCAGCUAUACAACAUCCCUUUAAAUACCUCCUUAUCUUCUGGUACUCCUCUGCUGGUAGAAGAAAUACAGGGCCUCCUCAAAGACUUUGUUUACAGACGGAGCUCUGUAUUAGCCUGCCACCCCAGCAGUAGGACCUCUUCCACGGAGGGAGUGGCAGGCAGUGUGGAGUUUUCCCAGGGAUCAUCUGGUAUCAAUGAUAUGGACGGUUCUGACAUAGAGAGAGCCGAGGGAGGCAGUGGAGAUGUAGUGACAAUAGCAAGGGUGAUGGCAGAUGGUGAAGAGGACACAGGAGGUGUUGGAGUUGGUGGUGGUGGAGAGCUUGUGAGCCCUGACAGUGGUAUGACCACCAUCCGCAGCAGCCGCUCCUCCAAGGAGAGUUCAGUGUUUCUCAGUGAUGAUAGUCCAGUCGGUGAGGUUAUAGCAGGAGGAGGGCAAGCAGCAGGACCAGGAGGACUCUUCCUGAGAAACCCCUCACCCCUGGGGUUAUUAUCUCUCUCCCCUCCUGUCCCACCUGAGAGGAAAAAGAACCGCUCUAGCAGAAAUAAAAGUGACAACUUUGACCUGUUUAGUUUUGACCCACUACACAGCAGCGACCACUCUAUGCCAACAGGAGGGGAAGUGGCCAACUCUGGAGUAAGAGGAGAUGAAAGAGGAAAAAGAGCAGAGAGCUCCAGUUUUUCAGAACUUGACGAACUGAGCUUGCUGGAUUUCUCUGCACCCAAUUCAUUGGGUGGGUGUGAAAGUAGAAAUUCUUCAAUUGACCAUCAUGGUCAAAUCCACCAGAAUGACACUGUGGUUCCUCCAACCCCAGUCAACAGUGUGGUAGGUAGCCGCCCACCAAGUAGCUGCGGAGUCAGGUUCUUUCCAGAAGAUGUAGUUGAAAGGAUCAGUGGCCUGCAGCACAAGGAUAGUGUGUCAUCAUCGUUAUCAGAGACUUGGGAUGAACUUGGAUUUGACACAAUGGGAGCAUUGUCCUCUAGUGAUAAUAAUGCCUGGAGUAGGACCAAGGAAUCCAGCAGUCCACAUAAUAUUAUGGAGGAAGUUACAGUGAAAGAGUCAGUUUCGACAGAAACUGACUGUCGUUUCGACAGUGAAACGACAGAACGAGAAAGCAGAGAAGAGUUCAUACAGUCAGAGAACCAAAGGGGAAAGAGCCUUGAACCUCAGCUUAGUCUGAUCACUGAGCAGACUGAAUCAUACGACAACUGGAACCCAGACUAUGUACUUAAGGAUCAAUGGAACCCUGUCACAAUGGCUUAUCUGCAAUUGACACCACCAGAAGAGGAAGUAACUGGAAAAUGCAGAGCUGGUAUCAUUGGAGUUAAAGAAAAAACUUCCUCGCUCUCAAGGAAGAAAGCAAUCCUUAACACUUUAACGCCAGACACGUCUAAAGAAGAGGAUGAAGGAGCACAAGGCAAAAAAGGAGACAGACAGAAGGAGCUCCUAGACUUUUGGACGUACUCAGCUCAGAAGGGAUUUCUCAAAUCGGAUAGUGGGACCACCACAUCUUACCCUGAAUCACUCGAUAUGUGGAAUAUGACAAUCCGAGAUGACAGUCUAUCACCUCUCACGACCCCUGACAACUUGUCUGAAACCUCUGGCUCUUUCUGUGGGGUGAACCCCAAUGUUAGGGCUGGCACAUCCGUGGAAAGUCCACCAGGAUUUUCUGAUGGUGGAAUGGUGAUGUGGAACACCACCAUACAGGAAGACAGCUCUUCCACAAUAACGAGCCCUGAAGGACCUGACAAUGGAAAGGACCUCAGUCACAUGGGAUCAUUGGAUGCCAGUGAUUCUCCCGAGACACAUGCAAGCAAAAAAGUGGAAGAAGACAGAGUUUUAGAGGAGGACAGAGGUAUAUAUGAAGUGCUCAGUCAGGAUAUUGAAGAAGUGGGGUGGAGAGGUACUGAACACAAUGUGAAAAUAGUCAUAGAAGUAGCUGAAAGUAAAACACAGGAUGAAGAAACAGGCGACAUUGACAUCGAGGGUGUUCAGAAUCAACAGUCUGUCUUGCAGAACUUGGCAUCUGAACAUUCAGAAGCUGGGACUUCCUCCUACCAUGAUACUGACAUGUGGGACCUACCUGUCCCUGGCAUGGUUACGUCCACUUCAGAAUAUGACAAUGUAGGAGCUGACACUUGGAGUCGGACAUCCUCCCCUGAGACCUAUUCUAGUCCUGUAGUAGACAUGAUACAGCUUGAGGAACAGUCUAGCCCUUUUGUAGCUGUGAAAAAUCCUGUUCAGCACGAUCAAUACCAGGAUGAUCCUCUUGGAAAGAUUGAAUACUCAGCAGUCUUUUCAGACAAGGAACAGCCAGCCAACCAAGUGUUCCUAUUUAAGGGAACUAGUGAGUUAGAUCGUAUGACUGGGAGUGGGGGAAGUUCAGUCGAAAGUAAGUACGACAACAAAAGUGGAGGAGGAUCAGAGGAAGCUGACUGGCUAGAGCAACCCGGUGAUCAUUCCCCAUUCGUUCUGGUGGACUACUCCACUGUCACUCAGGACCCUUCAGCCAAUCAUCGUUCAAGUCUAAGAGAAGAUGUCGAGUGUCAAAUACAGACUGACCAACCAUUAUCUCCAAGCCUUCUUAACUGGGGCAAUCUUGUUUCUGAGAAACAUGAUGGCUCUGAAUCAAUGUCAUCAUCACAUGAUCUGUCAAUCACAGUGGCACACAGUGAAGAUAGACCUGCUACUGAAAGCCAAGGUGAUCCUAACAAUGACAGCAUUGGAAGCCUGGAGGGUAAAACAACAGAAACUAUGUCUCUUGACACUAGUUCUGCAGGGGGGAGAGACACACUAAAGUAUAGCCCCGACAGCCUUCAACCAUGUAGUCGAGACGAACUCAGGUCCAACUCUGAUGGAGAUUCAUCGUCAGGUCUAGAAAUGGAAUACAUAAUUGUAUCUGGCACAGUAAAAGAAGCUGAGAGAGAGUGGCACGAUAGGCCUAAACAAGGUAAUAGGCAAUCAAAAGGAACAAAAAAGUCUAUGGAGACAUUUAGCAUGCUUUCAUAUGCUGCCACAAUACUGCAAACCCAGGCCCAAGCUGCACAUCGAGAGCACCAGGAGAACACUGAACAAAGAGGGCAAAACCAAAUGAUCGGAAGUACUGAUGGUGCACUUAGUGCAGAUACAAGUCUUGAUAAUGCCACUGAGCAUUACAUGGCGCCAGAAAUGUUCACUACCAGCCAAUCAAAAAGUCAGUCAGAUUCAAGACCAACAGGUUGCAGUCAAGCAUGGGUUGAAGAAGGACACUACGACGAUAAAUCAAGCAUUGUGACCAGAAGUGUGUCGCCAUCAUUAAGAUAUCCAUCAGAUCACUUCCUGAAAACCAGAGAGGAGGUUUAUGUUCAUUCACAGAUCUCAAUGGAGGAUUCAGAUGAGGGUGGGCAGUCACCCUCAGCACCUCCAUCAUGUCCUUCUUCUUUGGCUGACUUGAAGGUCUGGAGGGGUCAGUUAGCGAGACAAGACACACCUCAAACCACAUCAGAUGUACAAUCCCCUGUUCUUACCAACAGUUCAGUCUCUCACACCAGCUCCUUGAUUGGUACUCCAUUAAGUGAAUCUGGUAUUUCUAGUGACAGAGGACUUGGAUUACCAUUUUCUGGAGAUUUAAUGGAAGAGGAGAAUGAUGAGGAAGAGCAGGAAGCGGAAACUGAUACAGAGCACACUACCAUGACGAAAUGGACUUCAGAAGUGCAAAGUCAGAGGGAAGAAAGACACCAGCCAGGAUCUUCUGAUCUGCUAAGUUUUUCUGAUGAGAUGAUUGGAGGUUCUUCAUUUCAACAAACAGAUUUUCAAAUAUUUGAGCCAAAGAGGGACAGAAUCCGACAGAAUACAGAGGAUUUCUAUGACGAACGACCUGUAAGGACUGUUGAUCAUGGUAAAUGGUCCACUGAACAACAGAUUGGAGAAGCUUCUCAAGAUACCUAUUCACCUGUUUUAAGAAGACACCAAGACGUGACAUCGCAAUUUUCCUCCCAACCAACCAGCGAGAAUGCUGCAUACCAGUGGAUGGAAAGUCAGAAUGUAACUCAGGGUCAAACCCAAUAUGGCUACAACUACCACCACAUCGACCAAAGAACUGAAAACCAGAGCGCCCAUUCAGCCUGCGUAGAUGUUAAAUCCAACGACCAGCUAAACACCACAGAUGUCUAUGCUGAGUUUACAACUGAUGCCACAGCUAUACAAUAUGGAUCUGACCAGGCUGAGAGCUAUUAUGAGGCUGGAGUUAAUGCCGAGCUCAGCUUGAAUGAUCCAGGUUCCAAGUUUCAACAUAUAGCUGAAAGCCAGUAUGGAGAUGACUCUGACUCCAUGUGCACUUCUGAACUCCAAUGCUCUCAGUAUCAAGCCGAUGGCCAGAGUGAAUAUGAGUCCAGCCAUGCUCAUUACCAGUUUGAUGAACAGCCACUCUACCGAUCAGAUGUCCACCCUGAGAGGGAAGAUCAUGCACGGUAUGUGCCAGAGGAAUAUGUCCACUUUCUCCUGGAAAGGCACUCCCAACAGGGAGAAGGUGCAGCAGGGAUGAUGAUGAAAAUAGCCUCCAGUGAGGAAGCUGCUGAGGAGAUGGAUAACAGAGAAGAUCCACUCUCCUCUGCAGAUCUGUCAGGGGGAUCCAACCAAAGGAGAAAGUUGGUAGCUCCACCAAUGAAUGUGUCACUGGACCGCAGCGAGGGGUCUCUUCUCUCAGAAGAUGCUCUGGACACUGAGGAUGAAGCUUUAGACACUGGUGAUGAACUAGAUGUCAAUAUUGAUGACAUGGACACACCUGAUGAGGCCGACUUACACGGGGACUCAGAAGAGUCUGAUCUAGGUGCAGCAGCAGCAUCAUCAAGUGAUGCUAUUGCAGGACACAUAGCAGCUGACCAGAACAGGGAUAGCAGGCUGUGGAGGAGCGUAGUGAUUGGAGAGCAGGAGCAUCGCAUUGAUAUGAAGUGCAUCGAGCCAUACAAAAGAGUCAUUUCUCAUGGAGGUUAUUACGCUGAACAGAAUGCCAUCAUCGUGUUUGCAGCAUGCUUCCUUCCAGACAGCAACUGUGACAAUUACAAUUAUGUAAUGGAAAACCUUUUUCUGUAUGUUAUCAGUACCUUGGAACUAAUGGUGGCAGAAGAUUACAUGAUCGUUUACCUGAAUGGUGCCACACCUCGCAGGAGGAUGCCUGGCUUUACCUGGAUGAAAAAAUGCUACCAAAUGAUAGACAGAAGAUUGAAGAAAAACCUUAAGAUGUUCAUCAUUGUCCAUCCUUCCUGGUUCAUACGGACUUUGCUUGGAAUCACCAGACCCUUUAUAAGCUCCAAGUUCAUCAGUAAAAUCAAGUAUGUGAAUAGUCUGCAAGAGCUUGGAGAAAUCAUCCCAAUGGAGUAUGUCCACAUUCCACCCAGCAUUGUCAAGUAUGACGAGGAGAGGGGUAUACACAAAUUUGCAUGCAUGAGACUGGAUACAGAAUUGCAAGACACUGCAGAAAGAGCCUACAAGAAGGGGAACUCUGUUGUUUGACAAUUACAAGAUACCUGACUGCUGCCUCUCUUCUCCCUGCAUUAUGCUGUACUCUACUGCAGCAUCUCUGAAUAUUAGCCAGCCUGUAGCAUGAUGUAUACAGCACAUAGUUGCUGCACACCAACAGCUAGCAAUGGGUUAAAAAGAAAGAUGCUAUGGUAAAAAACAUCAGGCAGUGUCUUGUUCUUUGAGGAAAGUACCAACACGAGGGUGCUUAACAUAAAGCUGUAUCUACGGUGCAGAGACUGUCACUGUGCUGAAGGGAAGAUGCUUUAUCCUGUGCUACUGUACGUUACACGAUUGUGUUCCCCAUUCAGUAGCUUUUAUUUUCUUUGAAUUCAUCUUUAAUUUGAACAGUGCUUUGAGUCUUGUGUAAUUCACUUUGGAGAAAUUAACUUUGUUACAUUCAUGUAUUAAUCUACCCUGUGAGUUGUCGUCUGUACAUUUUGUAACCCAUGGUAACACAACUUCUGUUUGCAUUUAUUAGAGUAUUAGGUGAGAGUCAUGAGGGCUAGUAACAAAAUACAUGCAAAUAGAAGUUGUAUUACAGCCGAUCUGCCCACAAAUAAACAUUUAUGUUCCCCAGAUGAUAGUGUACUGUAUCUCUGUCAGCUAACUGUGAUGGAGGAAGUUUUCUCUUGACACUUUCCAUAUUUAGUACCUUAAUUAUAGGUUAUAGGCUCUGUCAAAAAGAAACAUCAACAGCUAUCUAUUAUCAGUGGUGGAACUAGACUUUUAUACAAAGGGGGGUCCAUAUACUCGACCUAAUAAAGGAAAACACUGUGAUACUUUAA